AUGGUCCAGCGGGGAAAGCUGCUCCGCGUCCUGACUUUGAUGAAGUUCCCCUGCUGCGUGUUGGAGGUGCUCCUGUGCGCGCUGGCGGCGGCGGCGCGCGGUCAGGAGAUGUACGCCCCGCACUCGAUUCGGAUCGAGGGGGACGUCACCCUUGGGGGGCUGUUCCCCGUGCACGCCAAGGGUCCCAGCGGAGUGCCCUGCGGCGACAUCAAGAGGGAGAACGGGAUCCACAGGCUGGAAGCGAUGCUCUACGCCUUGGACCAGAUCAACAGCGAUCCCAACCUGCUGCCCAACGUGACGCUAGGCGCGCGGAUCCUGGACACUUGUUCCAGGGACACUUAUGCGCUCGAGCAGUCGCUCACUUUCGUCCAAGCGCUCAUCCAAAAGGACACCUCCGACGUGCGCUGCACCAACGGCGAGCCCCCCGUAUUCGUCAAGCCUGAGAAAGUAGUUGGAGUGAUUGGGGCUUCGGGGAGUUCCGUCUCCAUCAUGGUAGCCAACAUCCUGAGGCUUUUCCAGAUCCCCCAGAUUAGUUAUGCAUCAACGGCACCUGAGUUAAGUGACGACCGGCGCUAUGACUUCUUCUCCCGCGUGGUCCCACCCGAUUCCUUCCAAGCCCAGGCCAUGGUAGACAUUGUAAAGGCCCUAGGCUGGAAUUAUGUGUCUACUCUUGCAUCUGAAGGAAGUUAUGGAGAGAAAGGUGUGGAAUCCUUCACGCAGAUUUCCAAAGAGGCAGGUGGGCUCUGCAUUGCCCAGUCCGUGAGAAUCCCCCAAGAGCGCAAAGACAGGACCAUUGACUUUGAUAGAAUUAUCAAACAGCUCCUGGACACUCCCAACUCCAGGGCCGUCGUGAUUUUUGCCAACGAUGAGGAUAUAAAGCAGAUCCUUGCAGCAGCAAAAAGAGCUGACCAAGUGGGUCAUUUUCUUUGGGUGGGAUCAGACAGCUGGGGAUCCAAAAUCAACCCACUACACCAGCAUGAAGAUAUUGCAGAAGGCGCCAUCACCAUUCAGCCCAAGAGAGCAACUGUUGAAGGGUUUGAUGCCUACUUUACAUCCCGCACACUUGAAAACAACAGAAGAAAUGUAUGGUUUGCUGAAUACUGGGAAGAAAACUUCAACUGCAAGUUGACGAUUAGUGGGUCAAAAAAAGAAGACACAGAUCGCAAAUGCACAGGGCAGGAGAGAAUUGGGAAAGAUUCCAACUAUGAGCAGGAGGGGAAGGUUCAGUUCGUGAUUGAUGCAGUCUAUGCCAUGGCCCAUGCCCUUCAUCACAUGAACAAGGACCUCUGUGCUGACUACCGGGGGGUCUGUCCAGAGAUGGAGCAUGCCGGGGGCAAGAAGUUGUUGAAGUAUAUCCGCAAUGUUAACUUCAAUGGUAGUGCUGGCACCCCAGUAAUGUUUAACAAGAAUGGGGAUGCACCUGGACGUUAUGACAUCUUUCAGUACCAGACGACAAACACCACCAACCCUGGUUACCGCCUAAUUGGACAGUGGACAGACGAGCUUCAGCUCAAUAUAGAGGACAUGCAGUGGGGUAAAGGGGUCCGGGAGAUCCCCGCCUCUGUGUGCACACUACCAUGUAAGCCUGGGCAACGAAAGAAGACACAGAAGGGUACCCCUUGCUGCUGGACCUGUGAGCCCUGCGAUGGGUACCAGUACCAGUUUGAUGAGAUGACCUGCCAGCACUGCCCCUACGACCAGCGGCCCAACGAAAACCGAACAGGCUGCCAGGACAUCCCCAUCAUAAAACUGGAGUGGCAUUCCCCCUGGGCUGUCAUCCCAGUGUUCCUUGCAAUGUUGGGCAUCAUCGCCACCAUCUUUGUCAUGGCCACAUUCAUCCGCUACAAUGACACGCCCAUUGUCCGGGCUUCCGGCCGGGAACUCAGUUAUGUUCUGUUGACGGGCAUCUUCCUUUGCUACAUUAUCACUUUCCUGAUGAUCGCCAAACCCGAUGUGGCAGUGUGUUCUUUUCGGCGAGUUUUCCUGGGCUUGGGAAUGUGCAUAAGUUAUGCAGCCCUUUUGACAAAGACCAAUCGGAUUUAUCGCAUAUUUGAGCAGGGCAAGAAAUCUGUGACUGCUCCCAGACUCAUAAGCCCAACAUCACAGCUGGCAAUCACUUCCAGUUUAAUAUCAGUUCAGCUCUUAGGUGUUUUUAUUUGGUUUGGUGUUGACCCACCGAACAUCAUCAUAGACUAUGAUGAACAUAAGACAAUGAACCCUGACCAGGCCAGAGGAGUUCUCAAAUGUGACAUUACAGAUCUCCAAAUUAUUUGCUCCUUGGGAUAUAGCAUUCUUCUCAUGGUCACAUGUACUGUGUAUGCCAUCAAGACUCGGGGUGUCCCAGAGAAUUUUAAUGAAGCCAAGCCCAUUGGAUUCACUAUGUACACGACUUGUAUAGUAUGGCUAGCCUUCAUUCCAAUUUUUUUUGGCACCGCUCAGUCAGCAGAAAAGCUCUACAUACAAACUACCACACUUACAAUCUCCAUGAACCUAAGUGCGUCAGUGGCGCUGGGGAUGCUAUACAUGCCGAAAGUGUACAUCAUCAUUUUCCACCCCGAGCUCAAUGUCCAGAAACGGAAGCGAAGCUUCAAGGCGGUAGUCACAGCAGCCACCAUGUCAUCGCGGCUGUCACACAAACCCAGUGACAGACCCAAUGGUGAGGCAAAGACAGAACUCUGUGAAAACGUAGACCCAAACAACUGUAUACCACCUGUAAGAAAGAGUGUACAAAAGUCUGUUACUUGGUACACUAUCCCACCAACAGUAUAG